AAGUCCCAUGAUGAGUGCCCAUCCUAAAGCUUCUGCGAGUUUGUAGCGAAAUUACGUAUUGCGAAGUCCAUAAUGCACUGCGGUGUGGUUAUUCACCAUUACUCAGCGGCUAUGUUUCUUUAAGAAAAGGUGCUGUGGUCUUAUUGCUUACUGAGUGGUGUAUGUAAAGCGAGACCACUGCAGAGAAUCAAAUCUCAUGCCCCCAGAUUCCUCCUUUUUUGGCUUGUGUUUUCUGCCAUUCUUGGGCGCUCCUUGUCGCCGAGGUAACCUGCUCCCUCCCUGCGGCGGCGCGCGUUCCUGUAUCCCGGCAGCUUGUGCCUGGGACCCCUAGGUUCGCGCUCUCUUUCUGACUUUCUUCCUCCUUUUCUGUGAGUGGUAGUAAGCGGGAGCCUUGGUGAACAUUUACUGGAAAAGCACUGACCAUGAUCAAGUUGUUUUCAUUGAAACAGCAAAAGAAGGAGGAGGAGUCGGCCGGGGGCACUAAAACCAACAGUAAGAAGGCCUCGGCAGCUCAGCUGCGCAUCCAGAAAGAUAUAAAUGAAUUGAAUUUACCGAAAACAUGUGAAAUAGUUUUUCCUGAUUCAGACGACCUUCUGAACUUCAAACUAGUCAUCUGCCCAGAUGAGGUAGGUCAAGGCUAUCCACAUGAUCCUCCGAAGGUUAAGUGUGAGACGAUGGUAUAUCACCCCAACAUAGAUCUAGAAGGAAACGUCUGUCUAAAUAUUUUAAGAGAGGAUUGGAAACCGGUAUUAACAAUAAAUUCUAUCAUUUAUGGACUUCAGUAUCUAUUUUUGGAACCAAAUCCUGAAGAUCCCCUUAACAAGGAGGCAGCAGAGGUGCUUCAAAAUAACAGACGCCUGUUUGAACAGAAUGUGCAGCGGUCCAUGCGGGGUGGCUAUAUUGGUUCCACUUACUUCGAGCGUUGCCUUAAAUAAAAGGCCAAGACUGACUUGUACUGAUGUGCUUAACAGAACACACAUGCACACACAAAAGUAAAGGAAAAAAAAAACUAAUAUGGAUUGAACCAGAAAAAUGAAUUUUCUGAAGCAUAUAUGCCUUGAAAAAUUCCCUAGCCUUUCCCUUGGCAUUCAAGACGUACGUGAGUAAAUGAGGAAAAAGUGACCCGGAGAUAACAUUCUAAAUUUUGCUUAAGGCAUCUUGUGGCAUAUAUGAUGAAUGGGAGAUGAAAAUUCCAAAUCAAUGGAAAAGAGACUGUUUAUUUUGUUGUACUAGCUCUAGAGCAUGCACAGAAAAUUCUAAUAUCCCCCCUUUAAGUUUAUUGUAAAUGUCUUUCACCUCAUGAGAGUGUGCCCAUCAUUGCGUUAAUAAAUUUUUUAAAGUGUGUUGAA